AACGCGGUGGAUAUAAAACGUUCCUUAAGAUAAUAUUUGUGAAGUUCUUCAUACGAACGUUCACAAUCCACCAUAGGUGCAUUGGCGCCUCCCAAUGGUGUCAGCCCUGUAUUACACUAUUUGAUCAGACUGAACCGGAUCGGGAGGCGGAUGCGCCGAGUCUUGGAACGCACGUAUGAAGAUGCCUGAUGCUCUGCAACGCCGCUUAUGUUUGCUACUCUUUGCACUAGUUUUACAUCUCGCCAGUGCGGCAGAGGUGUCCGUAUGGAGUGUGGACAUCAACUCGACGCAGGAUGCUGUAUUUCGCAAGACGUUGUAUGCCAAUACGACUAUCUUCAUAAGAUUCCAGGGCGACGUGGCGUCAUGUGACAGUAACCUGGCCUUCAACAUCAGCUGGUACCUGCGUUCCUCAGUCUGUUAUAAUGAAGUCUUUAACACGCCUGACAACAAAGCCAUGAAUAUGUUUGGGAUGGAUCACAUGCUGAAGGAUGACUGGAACGGCUUCUACAGCCAAGGCUACAUGUACUCAGAUAACUGCUCAUCACUCUUCUUACCCAAGGUGUAUUAUCCAGAGUUUAAUCCAUACCAACCACUGUCCAGUCCUAAGAGCGGCCCUCUAAAUCACAGCUAUUUCUGGCCUGACAAGCCGGAUCUCGGGGCAGUCGCCAAGGCCUGGGAGGACAGCCCCUAUCUGUUCAUCGUGAAGGUGCAGCCACUAUUCCGUGGCGUGGAUGGAGUGGAGGAUGAGCUCAGCAGUGACCCCCUCAACUUUGCUUUUAUCAUGAAAGUAGAGAUGAAAGGACCCCAUGACUACUCCUCUCCUGCAGACUUCCCUCAGAUGAUGUUCUUCAUGGUCAUGUGCAUCGUCUAUGUGUUCUUUGGGGCUCUCUGGCUCUUCUGGUGCGCCUGCUACUGGAGGGAUCUGCUUCGAAUCCAGUUCUGGAUUGGAGCUGUCAUCAUACUGGGCAUGCUGGAGAAGGCUGUGUUCUACUCAGAAUAUCAAAGCAUUCGAUACAAAGGAGACUACGUUCAAGGUGCCGUGAUAUUUGCCGAACUGCUGUCGGCAGUGAAAAGAUCACUCGCUCGCAUCCUCGUCCUCAUCGUCAGCCUUGGUUAUGGUAUAGUCAAGCCAAGGUUGGGCACAACUGUUCAUCGCCUUGUAGCGGUUGGGCUUCUGUAUUUGUUCUUCUCGUCUGUGGAGGGUGUGCUGAGAGUGACGGGGAGUUUCUACGGAACUGUCGCUCUGGUGGCCAAUCUCAGUCUCUCCCUCAUCGACUCCUGUGUCAUGUGGUGGAUUUUCAUCAGUCUCUCCCAAACCACACGUCUCCUGAAGCUUCGCAGAAAUGUAGUGAAGCUUUCCUUGUAUCAGCACUUCACCAACACACUUAUUUUCUCUGUUGCAGCUUCUAUUAUAUUCAUUAUUUGGACCACUAAAGUCUUCAAGCUGGUGGACUGCCAGAGAGGUUGGAGGGAUCUAUGGGUUGAUGAUGCUUUUUGGCGCCUUCUCUUCUCCACCAUAUUGCUGGUCAUCAUGGUGCUGCUGAGGCCGUCUGCAAACAGCCAGAGGUUUUCCCAUUCGCCUCUGAUCGAUGAAGAUGACGAGGAGGAGGAAGCUAAGGAACCUAUGCUUAAUGAAGCUUUUGAAGGGAUGAAGAUGAGAGGGUCAAAGCCUGAUUCUAACGGCUCCCAGAAACUGUUGAGUAAAGAGGAUGAAGAUUUAAAGUGGGUAGAAGAGAACAUCCCUACUACUGUUGCAGAUGUAGCUCUCCCUGCAAUGCUGGAUGAAGAGGAGGAACUUCUGAAGACCAAGAUGGAGCGAUCCAAAAUGGAGUAGGAUUCGAAGCAACAGGCUUUGACACAGGCACUUUCGAUGUCCCACUAGUCAACUGAUGAAAACAAUUCAGUCCAAAAUCGGUCCGUUUCCUCUUUGAAUUUGAAUAACAUGAGGAUUUCAUCCGUAAGUGCAGUCCGUGGAUUUUAGUGAUACAGUUACUAAUAUUUCUGCAAUAAGAAUUUCAAUCUGUUGAUGGAUCUGAUUCAUUAAAAUCAGUCUUUCAUAAAGGUGUCCUUACUUGACAUCACCAAAAGCAUAGUAGUCAGUAGUCACCUACAACUGCAACUUCAAGUAUAUACAACAAUAACAUUGACUGUUACUGGCACAUGCUGCAUCAGUGACUGUAACUCAGAUAAUGGACUGCUUUGUGUUUCUUAUAUUUUCUGAAUCACCCUGUUGUGUACACUAGGAGAAUGGAAUGUACUGGAAGAAUAUUGAAACAGUAUAUUAACUGAGCUCUCAUUUUCUCUGAUUAAAUGUAUCAUUAAAUACAUAUUCUCUGGGUUGUUAUUAAGAUAACAGUAGUGAAUUACUUUUCCGAACUCUACUGAAAAUGUUUGCCAAGAGUUUAUUAAAAAAAUAUAUGUAUAUUUAUUGUUGUUCAUCUUUGCUUUGCUUCUGGAUAAAGAUUGCUUAUUCUCCACAAUAAUUGCCAAAUGGUUUUCUCACAAUUCGUGUCAACUACACUUCAUGUGGUUACAUCACAGUUUUAUUUUGAUGUAUUGUACGCUGUUUUAUUUUAAGACACUGAACACAGUCUCUGAAUGUGGUUCUGUAACAAU